AUGAAUGGUGAUCUGAGUUUGUCCCGGGCCCUGGGCGGUCUACGGAUUGCCAAUCCCGAUGAUUCCCCAAACCCCUCACGGGACGCAUCGAACGACCCCCAUGAUUCCCCUGAGCCCCAGCAACAGCAAGAAUACAGCUACCAGCAGCAACAACCACAGCAACACCAUCAACAGCAACAAUUACCAAUGCCGAGCCCCCUAACUCCGGACACCGCAGAGCCUACACCUCCUCGCACUCCGCACGAUACACUCGACUAUCAAUCGACGGCCAGGAACUCACCCUCCCGACCGCCGCACACGUACGAGUCUGCCGCCGCCAUUCUCAAGACCGCGCAGAAUAACUUGAACGCGGCCAGAGGCCUAGGCAACUCGGCUGCCUCGAGCGACCCAUUCCUGGCGGAAAGAUAUGCAAACUAUCAGUCUUCCAAUGGAGGACGCUCGCCGGGUCCAGGUGUUAUCGGAGGUCCAGCUGUGUCACCUGAGGCUGGGCCUGGGCAUGGACCUGACCAGCAAGCAACACCCUAUGCUGACCCGGGGAACGAGCCCAGAUCUGACCAGCACAACCCAACUUAUAUCCCAUCACGCGAGCCAAGUCGUUCCCGACGCCCGGCUCCAAGUCCCAGCCAGCCUGGGAACGGUAUGAUGCCCCCUAGGAGGAGCUCCCACGGCAUGGGCACCACAUACGCCCCCAUCGCGGGUAUUCCCCACGCGCCACCCGGGAGUUAUGUGCAGGACAUGCCGCCAAUAGCCAGCAGUGAAGAAUGGAAAGACAAAGGCGCCGCCGUCAGUCUCAGACGGGAGGUUGACGCCGAGGGAAGGACAGUGAUCAAGUCUGUCAAGAAGGGAGUUAGGGACUUCUCGUUUGGCAGAAUACUUGGUGAGGGGUCCUACAGCACCGUCUAUUUCGCCACCGAUCGCCAAACCCUGCGAGAGUACGCCAUCAAGGUGCUGGAGAAGAAACACAUCAUCAAGGAGAAGAAGAUCAAAUACGUCAACAUUGAAAAGAACACGCUCAACCGACUGACGGAUCAUCCGGGUAUCGUUCGGCUUUACUAUACGUUUCAGGACGAGGCGUCGCUCUACUAUGUUUUGGACUUGUGCAAUGGGGGAGAGUUGUUGGGUGUCCUCAAGAAGACGGGGACGUUCGACGUGGAGUGCACGAGGUUUUACGGCGCGCAGAUUCUGGAUGCCAUUGCUUACAUGCAUUCGAGAGGUGUCAUCCACCGCGACCUCAAACCCGAAAACGUGCUACUCGAUGACCAGAUGCAUGUGAAAAUUACCGACUUCGGCACCGCCAAGCUCUUACCAGACCCCCGCGAACCCAGGCCUCCAGAAGACUCUAACCAAGGUGGCAUGUCUGAUGGGCAAAAGGCCACCUCUUUUGUGGGCACGGCAGAGUAUGUGAGUCCCGAGCUCUUGACAGAUAAGUCUGCAGGGAAGCCCAGUGACUUGUGGGCGUUCGGGUGCAUCAUCUACCAGCUUCUCGUGGGCCGACCGCCCUUCAAGGGCGCUACCGAGUAUUUGACGUUUCAAAGGAUCGUCGCCUUGGACUACGAGUUUCCCCCCGGAUUCCCACCCGCCGCGCGCGAUCUGGUAGAGAGAUGCUUGGUUCUUGAUCCAAACCGCCGUCUCACGGUGGAACACAUCAAGAACCACGAGUUCUUUGAUGGACAGCAGUUCGGCAAGGAGCUGUGGAGGAUGAAAGCCCCGCGUUUGAGGCCAUAUGUACCGCCUGCUCAAGAACCCAACAUUAUUCAACUCAAUGGCGGGAUGGGCGGGAGCCCCAAGAAGCCACAACCAGCUCAGUCGCGAAGUCCUCAAGGGCAAUCGAAUGGCCAGAGACCAGCCAGGAUUAUUACCGAGUUGCCACCGCCAACGCAGCUUGAUAUCGAAUGGUCGCCAGUUCUGACUAGAAAUAACGAACGGAUAUUGAAAUUAGGCGACCUGAUGGUGAUAUCCUCCCCAAUUCCAAACAGCCCUCACGGGAGAGGCGAGGGCGAUGGUCACAAGAAGCUGUCUCGCUUCUUUGGUGGCAGCACCACCAAGAAACGUCAACGGCUUGUCAUGAUCACGUCGAGCGGACGCAUCGUGCUCUGCCCGGCUGGUGGUGAAGAGAAACGGUCGAAACAGGAGAUCUCGCUUCUGGCACCAGACUGUGCGUGGAGAAGUCAGUUGGACGCCAAAGGGCAAAUGGUUUGGUGUGUCGAUACGAACGGUAUCCAUUAUCAAUUCGAGGAGCCAAAGUCGUCCCAGACUGAAGGGUCCAAAUUUUCGGUAGACGAUUGGAUUGACUCGCUUCAGCGGGCAAAGGACCUUGCCCUCUCGCAGAACCUAAGCGGCGAGAAUGGAUUUGGUGACAUGUCGUCCUCCAUGUCGAGCCCAGCGAGCACAAUGGGUGGUAGAACCACCUUCCCCGAGGGAUACAGCAUCAGCGACAGAUCCGGGCGCAACCAGCUCAGCAAGAGCCAAGGCAGCUUGGAAGAUCCGACACAUGUGAAGCGCAACCGGUUCAGCAAGCGUCAGUCAAAGAAUGGACUAGGGGCAGCUUUCUAG